GAUAAUAUAUUAUUGGUUUUAAACAGAAUGCUGUGUAAACAAACAAGAAAUUGCUGAAAUUAAAUAAUAAUAUAUUAACACGGCCGUUUUCCGAACAGCUUUCAUACAAGUUACUCUAGAUUUUAAUAAACAACACAAUAUUUUAAUCUACGGGACGCCUACCUAUGUUUACAAAUUUUCUACCUGCGUUCACCACUCGUUCAGCCGUACGAAGUUGUUUCGUAGUUUGCAUGCCGAACGAUUGUGAAUUUGUACUGCAAAGUUAAUGUUUUGCAAACAGUAGGUCUGAAUAACUAAGCCCAAAAGUUAAAAAUUGAUAUUUGAUAGAUGUAACAAAUGUGCAAUAGAACUUGGCAUUAAAAAUUAAAAUUCAUCACCCUGCGCAUCGGAAUGUUUACCCUGUGUCGAUGGCCACCGCGCUCACCAUAGUACCGCUUCGGCGCGCACGCUAACAAGCCGGUGGGUGGGUGGGUGCAUCGAGGGGCCACGGCCGGUCGAGUGACCGAAAGAAUCAGGCGCGCGGGAGAAGACAAGUGUCAAGUUGACUUGUUAGCAAGACGCAACCAGAAAUAUCAACCCAAUCAUUUACAUAAGAGUUAACAAUGAACGCGGGUAUUUUAUUCGCUCGGAUCGCCGUAAAUCAAAACGCAUUUGUUGUCGACGCCUAUUAGUUCAAAACAGUGCGUUUCAAUAUCGAAAACCCGAAAUUCCGGGUACGCUGCUAGGUAGAGUUUGGCGAUGCACGCGUACGACAAGAACGCACGCAAGAUGUAGGAGAGGGAAUACCUCGAAUGCAUCCGAAAAGCAGCGCUUUUCAUUGCUCCACCUUCAGUAGUUCUCGGGUCGCUGUCCGCAUCUGCUAUCGGAAUGCCACCGAAAACCGUGUUUGCCUUUUACAUCAACACUCGCUACAGAGAUGUAAAUCUACGUGUUGCGUGUGCUAUUUACAGACAAACGUAACAGCUUUUGACCCUGAUGAUGUCUCGACAGCAUCAACGAAUCAGCGUGCCUUCGACGUCCGAUCAACAAUAUCUUCAGGGUAGCAAGACCGGUACGUUACCCACGCCGCACAACUUUAAAAAUGCGCCACCUUCACCACAGGACACCAACUAUCACCUGAAAUGCACCGGCUCCAUUCGCGGCAAUCCAUGCCCGCUGGAACAUGACGUAUGCUUCACCGAUGAAGCUUUCACCGAACACAACUACUACGAUUACUAUGACCAAGACGAUCACGGAUAUCAAACUAGCCCUAACAAGUACAAAGACUCGCGGACUGAAUACACCCAGUCAGAUGGCUCGGAUUCUGUAGUGAUGAUACCUUAUUAUGAAUAUGAUGAUACCAGCCGCCGCCAGAGCCGCCAUUAUUCAGAGCGUGCUUCAUUAGCUCGUCAGCCUUCAAUUGUUGAGGGACGCGCACGUGUUUAUCCUAGCGAUGUCGACCGAUUGCCUGAUAGAUUUGCACCCGCAAUGGCAGCUGAUCCACAUACUGCAGGAGGAGUUGGUACGACAGCUAGUUUUGUACGGCGUGCGCAUGGUGGACGCACCUUCUCGCGCAUGUCCACUCGCUCUGUCGAUGAGGCACCCAGCGCUGUAGUUCACGGCUGCGGCGGCAAGUGUCAGACUUUGGAAAACGUCUGUUACUAUUUUCUACAGGUGGCGUUCACGAUGGGUAUUCUCAUCGGUAUUUCGCUCGCCAUUGCCGGCUGGGUGCUGCGCAAAUCAGCGGCGCGUAACCUGCAGGUGCUGCUGUACAUUGGUGCGAUGCUUUCGCUUGUGUGCGCACUCCUGCUGCGCAUUCAAUGCAGUGCCCGAAAGAAUGCUCGACUCAAACGACGCAUCCUGCGCGGCGGUAAACGCGCACACAUUGCCAUGGAGAUGCUGCCAACCCGCGAUGCCGCAUUGCCACUGCCACUGCCACCAGAAGCCGACCACCGCGGCGUGCAGGUGACGCUUGUCCAGCUGCCGAGCGAUACAGGUCCGGUGCUGCAAGUGCAGCGAACCUAUGAUGCGCAUCCCGCGCAGGCGCACGCCGCAGUCGACCAGCAGGGCAUCCCGUGGUGGCGGCGCAAAGACAUGGUGUAAAUUGUAUCUACCGAUACCAAGACUGAAUUCACAGGCCUUAUCUAUUUACAAUUGUAUUUGCGUGUACAUACUUUAUAGUGAAUUUUAUGGACGAUCUACCUCUGUAUUCAAUUAACGGUUUCAACCAUACGGUCGCAUUAUGUACAUAUUGUACAAGCUAACAAAGUAUUACGAUUAAUGUGUUCUAGUCGUUUAGAAAGUACAUUUUUAAUUAGCUAAGCAUUUUAAACUUUUACAUGAUGAAGUAAAAAUAUUUUUUAUAUA